AUGGAAGAGACUUUGAGCAACUGGCUCAAAGAGGACGUAAAGCCGUUUGGUCGCGGCGGAGGUGGUUGUAUUAACGUUGGUCACGGCUAUGAAACAAAAUCUCUCGGGAGGAUAUUUGUGAAAGUCAAUAGAAAGAAUGGGUCUGAAACCAUGUUUCGUGGCGAAUAUGCCUCGUUGAAAGCGAUGUAUGAGACGGAGACAGUACGUGUGCCGAAACCAAUCGAAGUGUUGAACGUUGGCGCUCAUGGCUGGGCUCUCGUCACGGAGUACAUCGAUAUGGGUGGUGGUAGUCGUGGAGAUCUAGUGGAACUCGGGACACAACUGGCAAGGUCGUCUGAUGAAAACGUGAUUUGUUUUGGUUAUUACAAGGCAUAG